CUUGUUUUGGCUUUUCACUUUCUUUUCUCUUUACUGUAGUGUAACUAACAAAAGCAUUUUGUUCUAGUAAACCUUUAACCAAAAAGUUUGCAUUUUGUUCAGAUAAAUUCUAGCCUAAAAAGAUUGCCUUUCUUAUCUUCUUUUUUUUUCUUUUGCUAUCAAGAAAUAGAUGGGUAUUCUUAAUAAAAUUGAGAACUAGCAAGUUGUUGCAUUGCUUCAGUUAUGGUCGAUUUACUGGGGUCUAAUUCACAGCUAAAACAUUUUGAAGGUGAUAAUGCUCUGUGUAGGGAAAUAUGGAGGGCAUGUUCUGGUUCAUUGUUGGAUGUUCCCAAGCUUGGGGAGAGAGUUCACUACUUCCCCAGACUUCACAUGGAUCAGUUGGAGCAAUCAUCCAAUCUGGAAUGGAUUCAAGGACUACAACUGUCCCAUCUUCCCAGAAAGAUCCUAUGUCGUGUUCUUCACAUUCGUCUUCUGGUCGAACAUGACACAGAAGAGGUCUAUGCUGAAACUAUAUUGUUGCCAAAUCAAGAACAAAAUGAGCCAUCAACUCCAGAGUUUUGUCCGCUUGAACCUCCAAGGCCCCAGUAUCAGUCAUUUUGCAAGGCUUUAACUACCUCUGAUAUAAAAAGUAACUGGGGAUUGUCUGUGCACCGGAAAGAUGCUAACAAAUGCUUCCCUCCCCUGGACAUGAUGCAAGAAAAACCAACCCAAGAAUUGAUAGUCAACGAUCUUCAAGGCAAUGAAUGGCGCUUUAAGCAUGUAUUCCAAGGUCAACCUCGGAGGCAUUUGCUCACAAAUGGCUGGAGUACAUUUGUUACUAGUAAGAAAUUGCUUGCCGGGGAUUUAGUUGUGUUCUUAAGGGAUGAAACUGGCAAACUACAUGUCGGGAUUAGGCGUUUAUCUUAUCAAUGCAACUCCGUCGGAUCAUCAACAUUUUCAAGGCAAAGCAUGGAAGGGGUUCUUGCAGUUGCUUCCCAUGCCUUUGCAACCCGAAGUCUCUUUUCUGUCUACUACAAGCCAUGCUACAAUAGAUCAAGUCAAUUUAUUAUGAGCUUGAGCAACUAUUUUGAAGGUGGAAACCAUGGGCCUGGAGUUGGCACGAUAUCUAGAACGCAACACAGCAGUUUGGAUUCUCAUGUGAAAAGAACAAGUGGUAUGGACCAGAUGUCAUUUCCUCAGGGUCAACACAAGACAAAUCUUUUGCUCGAGGAGGAUCAAUAUAUGCAAGACUCAGAAGCAAUAUCCAAUUCUGCUCGACCUACUAUGAUGGCUUUGGAGAUCGGACAACAGUCAGUUGAAUCGCUUAACAAUAUCCAUCAUAUAGAGGACAGUGUACUGCAACCGCAUACAGCAGUUGCAAGGGAGAAUAACGAGAGAUUUAUUCCGAACGAAACUGUGGCCAUUCAAGCUCAAGAUGAGAACUUUGAUGAGUUAUUCAAAGAAACUGACUUUCCAGACUUUGUAAACACUAGUCUUGAUACUAUAACUUUGGAUUGGGAUAGUGAUCUCCGGUCCACUAUACAAGAUUUUGAUGAAUGGCUUGAAGAAACUAAUCCUCCGGGUCUGCAGACUUGUUCAGAAGAUCACUCGAGACAGACCUCUUCCAUAUUAGAGCAACCAACAUCCUCCCAAGUGAUGUCUAUAUCUUCUACCCCAAGUCGAAUUCCCUAUGAAGGACCUGGUCGUGGUGACGAGCAAGUUCCUUGGGGAAGCUAUCAAGUAGCACGACGAUGUUUACCAAUACUCAAUAGGGUUGUAUCGCGGUACCCUGAUUCACUCGUGAACUUCAAGGUUACAAGUAGCAUAUUUCAGUCAGUGUGUUUGGAAAUAUUGGCAGAAUUAGUCUACUUUCUUGAUAAUCUUACAGUAAUGAACUUGUCCAAGGAUCAGUUCAAUGUUGCUGGGCAACAUCUCUGGGACUUAAAGUUAAGUGGCAUUGAAUUAGGAUGGCUUGAAAAGCGUUUAGCACAUAUCGAUGGAGCAUUUAGUAUGGAAAAUUUACUGCAACGGCGACAAGUAGUCACACUUAGAAUGGGGGACACUUUAGCUACGUUUAGGCAGUUGGAUGAGGAGCUUGGAUGUAUAAACAAGGAGCUUCACCAACUAUCUCUAAAGGUUGGACCAAAUCCCCCCAUGAGAUUCCACCCUGUUUUGGAAGGUCUGUUGUAGCUUUCAGUAAAUUUAUCCUCUUUCUAUUUGACUGCAUGGUAAGGAGAAAUUAAUAUCCCAACACAGUGCGCGCCUCAUGUAGAUUUUCAUUAUCUUACGUCAAAAUUGAUCGGGUAUGUCCUCCAUUUCUUUCCCAAAUUUUUUAGAACCCUUGUUUUCAAAUUGGCGAGACCUAUUAGUAAACGAGAGAUUUUAUCCGUUAAAAUUCUCAUAGACGUUUGGUUUAGAACUGGAAGUGCACCACUUUAUCAAAAUUGUGGACUAUGAGUGCUCCAUGAGGAAAAAGUAGGAUCGUUCCGAGACUAAGUCCAAAGAUAAUGGACUAUUUUGGGCUUUUUCUGGCAUGAUAAUAGCUUUAUUAGUGCAUAAUGAGCUCUAGGAGUUGUCUUUAAAUUUGUGACAUUGUUGUGUUCUGUUGCAAAUUCUUGACUUCUUGUAUACUAAGGCGUAAAUUUCUCCUUUUAUGAUAAGUAUAACGAGGCAUUUGCAUAUAUACUCA